AUGGCCGGUGCUGAUGAUGUUUGCCGUGCGAUAGAGACCCUGAUUCAAUUGAUACGUCCAUAUGACAUGGGAGUUGCAGACCUAGUCAACACUUUAUUCACUCCAAUCAAACGCGGUGAUAUCCAUGAGGGCUUAACGGAGCUUAGAGGCCGUUUGGGUCGAGCUGCUGAUAACCAAGCAACUGGCAAGCGAUCCAAUAACAAAGAAUAUACGGCUGAAGAGCUCGAGGAAGAGCCUGACGAGGAGUCCAACAUUCACGGGGAAUCCAAUCGAAAGCUCGACAGUGAGGUCAAUCAUGAAGGGACUGACACUAAUGAUGAAGUUGGAUUGCCGAGUGUGGAAGACGCCAACGUUGUUGAAGACGGAGACGCCAAUGCCAAUGUGGAAACAGCCCACAUCGAAGAUAAAGACACCAACGUCGAAGACACCAGCAAUGAAGACACCAAUGCAGAAGAUAUCGACGAUGCAGUCACCAAUAAUGAAGACACCAACCCCGAAGACACCAACGUCGAGUCCAAUGCCACCCAGUGCAGCACUGAAAAAAGGCCUGAUUGUGAAAAGACCAACAGUGAAGGAACCACCAACCAAAAAAUCAAAGAACACCCAAUCUACAAAUCUUUCAGUAGAGUCCCUGAGGAACGCGCGGAGGAAUUCAAUAAAACCUAUCGCAAAGGCCGCCAUCAUCAUUUCUGGAAUAGGCUGUCCCAGCUCGACAGUGGGCCUGUCAUCUCUCAGUUGGUGAAUGCUCUCAGAAACCGCGAGUCCAUGGAUGCCUUGGCCCAGAGGCUGCUGGAAAGAAGAUUAUUCGAACAGGUGGAAUACUUUGAAACACAUACUGAGGUGAUUUUGAACAGGGGCGAGUCAAGAAGAAGCGCGGCUCUGCGCAAAGCCCUAGGACGUGCUGCUACAAGAGGCGAUUUGUACAAGAUCGAGCGCGGGGAGAAAUUUUCAUUCUUCGAACUGAUUGAUUUGUUCCGAAUCUCGGUGCCGCAUUGGACAAGAUGGCGGAAUAUGUCGAAGCCCGAUGCUAAAGCGAUACGCGAUCAAAUAAAGGAGGCUGGAGAGGAAUCCGCUACAGGGACAUCGGCUACAGAGCUCUCUGAAUGUCUUCAGAAGAUCUACGAUUGUCUACCGUCUCUGAGUUCAAUGAACGGCCGAACACCUGAGGGACCGAUUCCGAGUGCCGCAGAAGCAGUGACAUCCCAUAAGCGGGCAGCGAAUGAUUGCCCCCCUGCGAAAAGACGUCGUCUUGAUGUUCAUCCGAUAGAUUGUUUAGCAAUAUUGGAACCUGGAGGUAACCAGAAGGUUCAGUCAAGUAAUUUUAUAGACAACGACAGUAACUGCGACAUCGACGAGAUUAUAGCCAAGGCCAUAGAGGGGAUUGACGCUGAAGCUGAGCCUCGAUAUACACCAGGCAUAGACGGCUACAGAUUCAACAGUGGCUUUGCGAUCGAUACUGGCCCCAGGGUCCCUCAGCCUGCAUGCACAGAUGGUUACCAGAACAAUCGACCCCUAGAGGUGGUGAAUGUCGAAGCUGAACCUCGAUAUGCGCAUGGCAAUGGUUAUAGAUUCAACAGUGGCUUUGUGGUUGAUACUGACCCUAGGGUCCCUCAACCUCCAUCAGAUGGCCACCAGAAUGACGACCUCAUAAUGGAGGCCUUAAUAGAGAUGAUUACAGAUCACGAUAAUCAUUCCGCCCCAACACACAAGACCGUGACGCAAGAUCCCAAUGGAACUCGAACCUUCAGUGCCCUGUUACCGCGAUAUGAAUUAGGAAGAGAGGGCGGCUAG